GGGGGCGGCCGAGGCAGCCGGAGGGGCUGGUAGAUGCGGCGGCCGCGGCGGCGGCGGCCCGGGCUCUCCAUGAGCGAGCGGCGGCGGCGGCGACGGGUGCGGCGGCACCGGCGGUCUUCGGUCCCGCGGGAGGAUGAAGACACUGUUUGAAGAGAUCAAAGCAUCAAUUAAAAAUAACUAUAACCAAGACCGAUCAUUUUGGAGGCCUGUUCUUCCUUGGGGAGGAGUUUUUACUAUCAAAGCUGGCCGCAAAGCAGUAUCCUGUACACCCCUCUAUGUUGAAAUCAGACUGAAAAAUACCUGCACCAUAGAUGGAUUCUUGAUGUUACUGUAUGUCAUUCUUAAUGAAAAUGAAAAUUUCCCCAGGGAACUCUCUCUCCACUUUGGCAGGGAGUUUGUAGACUGUUUUCUUUAUUUAAUGGACACCUACAGUUUUACAACUGUGAAGCUGCUUUGGAUUUGGGACAAGAUGGAAAAACAGCAAUACAAAUCUGAAGUUCAUAAAGCUUCAUUAGUAAUCGAUUUGUUUGGGAACGAGCAUGACAAUUUUACAAAAAAUCUUGAAAAUCUCAUGUCUACCAUUCAAGAGAGUUACUGUUCUAACUGGCGCUGCCCGACCCGCGUGCAGGAAGAUCAGCAGCGCACAAUUAGUAUAAAUCCUCCCCAAGAAAUUCCACAUGGAAACUUGAUACGACUGGCUGUGGAUGAGUUAUUCUGUUCCAAGAUUGAACUUUGUGAAGAGCGUGGGUGUGGUGGCUUAAGAGAAUUUUCCCAACGAGUUUUCUGCCAUGGGGCACCCCCUUUUGUUGUGUUGAAUAUGCAGCAUUGGAAACCUGAAGAUCUGGCAUAUGUACCCUAUUACUUGGAUUUAUCUGAUCACAAGUAUUUACUGGAAGGUGCCACUUUAUUUAACAAAGAGGAACAUCAUUAUUCUGCAGCUUUCCAGAUAGAUGGACAUUGGAUGCACUAUGAUGGCCUCAGAAAUGUGAAUUUAAUUUUGUUAAAUAAACCCCCAGAGUUUCUCCUCUUGUCAUCAUUGGUUUAUAUUCGAGCAGCAGAGAAAUAAAUAUAGACUGAUGCUGAA